AAACCAACUCAUCAUUUCAUUUUAUUUGCUUUCCUUAUUAUACCUUUUGAGUUCACUCUUCUCCCACAUGCUACAAGACACCAUUCCUCAACUAUCAAAUUCUAGAGAGAGAUCAUGGAUAUUGAAGAGUGGGAGUACCUUCCAGAUAAUGGGUACCUUGACUUCAAUGAUGAGGGUGGCAAGCAAAUCUUCCUUGGCAAGAGAAACUUAGAGCCAAAAAGUGCUUUUGACAUGGAUUACUUUUGUUCAUCUCCACCAAGAAGCCCAAGGACCAUGAUGCAUAACAAUCACAAUCACAAUCAACUUGUUCCUCUUCCAAUUCUUUUACAACCCAGAAUUGGAAACUCCUCAUCAGAUAACAACGUUGUUUCCCCUAACACAGUUGAUCAUGACACUGUCUCACAGGUUUUCUUCAAGACCAAGGAAAACGAAUUCGCCGACAUGAAAUUGGACACAGGUAGCUUAAAAUUUGAGGAGAAAGGUGAGAUGAUUACGUCUCCAAGAAUGAUAACUUCGCCUAGAAUGAAGAUUGAGAAGAAAGAAGUUCUUGGGAUGGAGUGCGAUGAGGAGGAUGAAGAGGAAGAGGAUCGAAGUUGGGAAGAAGAGAAUGAGGGUGGAUUCAACAUAUGGAAGUGGAGCUUGAGUGGGGUUGGAGCUAUCUGUUCUUUUGGUGUUGCUGCAGCCACCAUCUGUUUUCUCUUCUUUGGAAGUCACCAAAAGAGGAACAAGAUCCUGCACGACAACACCAUUCGCUUCCAGAUCUAUGCCGAUGACAAGAACAUUAAAAAAGUGGUACAGCAUGCAACAAAAUUUAAUGAAGCAGUUUCUGUAGUGGCAGGUGUUCCUAUAAGCAGAGCUCACAUCACCAUUGGAGGUUACUAUGAUGGACUUUGAACCAAUGAUUAUGUGAUUAUUUCUUGAACAAAUUAUUGGAAUUUAUACAUGGCUGGCUGUUUAAGCAAAAAUAUACUUGUGUAAAUAACAUGAUGCAGGGAUACUUCUGUUUUCCUUGUAGAAUACACUAAAUUAGCUAGGGGAACAAAAAAAAAUUAGAGUGAACAUUAUUUAGAUUUGUCUCUAUUAAUUUUUGUUUUGGUUAUAUUAGUACAAAGGAAAAGAUUAAAGAGUUCAAUCUUUCU